AUGACCACUGGACUGAAUCAUACGCCAAAGAAAACCCGAGAAAGUACGUCUAAAGUUCGAACUGGAUGCAGCACUUGCAAAGCUCGUCGGGUGAAGUGCGAUGAAGGGAAACCUAUCUGUAGACGCUGCACUAUUGGGGACCGAAAAUGCGAGUACAACAGCCCACGUACAGCGCCACCACGAGACAUAGUCACGGUAUAUCUGCCUCCUGCGCAAGGUCAACCGGUAUUGUUCGUAAAUGACCGCGAUCUCGACUUCUUCCACCAAAACCUUGCUGAGAAGUUGGAUGGUCAAUUCACUUCCCAGUUCUGGAGCCAGCUUGUAUUACAACUAUCACACUCCGAACCAUCAAUUCGACAUGCCGUAUCAGCCGUCACCGUCAUUUAUCAAGAUGUCGAAUCGUCUUUACAGCAUCCGGCAGGCUAUGUCAAUGCCAACCUCCAAGCUCAACAGGAGUGGAACAAAGCAAUGAAGAGCCUUUCAGCUCGAAUCCAAGCGCAUCCCAACUCGAAUUUGGUACCUUUGACCUGCUGCCUUCUGUUCACAUGCAUCGAGCUCCUCAGGGGCAAUAUUGAAUCUUUCAUGCUUCACGUUCAAAGUGGAUUCAAUAUUCUAGCUGCGCUUCGUCUCAACAGUGACAUGGCUUCGGGUCUUGAUUCUAAUUUCUCGUCCAAUGAUCUUGAAGCCAUCGAAGAUCACAUCGUUCCGAUAUUCUCACGUCUCAAUAUCCUCUGUUCUCUCGCUGGCAGGAUGACACCGCCAAUAUACGCCCCAACAGCUAUAGAAGACUCUCCUCAGGAAGAUCUUACUCAUUGUAGAGAACAGCUCGUCGGAAUCUUAGAUGCCUGUAUUCGAUUUAUUGGCAAGAUUGAUAUUAACGCAGCCACGUUCCAAUUUGACGUCGACAGUCUCAUUGAACAGGUCAAACUCCAAACAAGGCUAGACGCAUGGCAUGACCGGCUAGCCGAGCUUCUUGCACGAAUGAAAGCGACCGGCAAUCCGGCGAAGCAGGACGCUCUCAAUCUACUUUUGGUACACUACAAAGUCAUUUACAUCUGGAUACGGGUAUGCACCACAGCUGGAGAAAUGGCCACAGACUCUUACUUUUCAGACUUUGAAGAGCUUGUGCAUUACGCGGAGCAAAUCAUCUACCCAGGCGUGGGCAGGGCAACACCGCAAACACUGUCUUUCGACAUACAAAUCCUAGGGCCUCUGUAUUAUACCGCGCUUAAAUGCCGUCAUCCCACAAUACGAAGACGCGCGCUGGAGAUGCUGCAAUUCGCGCCUCGUCGAGAAGGGCUCUGGAAUGCACAUCACGCAUACGUAACUGCCAAACGAGUGAUCGAGCUAGAAGAAAGACAUCUCAACGGGCAAGAAUUGCCAGACGAGACUUCUAGGCUGUAUGGUCUCACCCUGCCCGAUGAUGAGUCACGGAUGUAUAACCUGAGCGAGAUGCCAUUUGACUUUCGGAAAUUUGACUACAGCAUCGUGCCCAGUCCGGCUUAUCCAGGCACGCUUGAAGCUGUGUUCCACACAAAGCCGUGGGGGCCAUUGGGAGAGUGGCAGUCAAUCACGGAGUAUAUUGAGCUAUGA